GCUGACUUAUUUUAUUUAUUUAUUUAUUUGUCUACCAAUAUAUAUAUUACACAACUGAGUUUGGGUUUUCAGAAGAAACCAUAUUCAGAUAUCAAAUGGCACCAGUUUGUACAAGAAGUAGAAUGAAGCUGCAAAAAGUAACGGUUGAAGAUAGAAAGCAGAAAAGGACUUAUUGUGAGUUUGCUACACAAGUUAUUAGUACUUGUUCAGUUGAAAACACAGAAGUUGUUGUGAGUGAUGAUCAUAACAAGGUUGAAGAUACCGAGAAAAAUGUAAUGUGUUGUACACCGAAAGCUAAAAGGUUCAGAAUACCCGAAGCGUUAACAUGUCCACCGGCACCUAUGAAGAGAAGAGUUACUUCUUCUGCAGCAUGUUUAUCCAUUAAUAGAUCACCGAUAGCUUUAUUUUCUUCACCUGAUAUAGAACUUUUUUUCUUUUCUGCACUUAAAAAUGUAUCAGUAUAAAGUUAAGUAUUACUAGUAUAGUUUAAUGAAUUAGUUCAGU